AUGAGGCCUGGCAUUCUUGUCCAGAGAUGGAGCCAAGAAAUGGUGAUCAUACACUUAGAUAACAAAGAGGACAUAGAAGGCAAAAUGGAGGUCAAAAUAAAAGAGAAGCAAGACCCUUAUGAUAUUUUUAGGGAGGUAAUAGUUGUGGAUCUUGGGGAGGAAAACUCUACACCUCGAAGCUAUACUCAAGAACAUAAAGAGAGAAAAUGA